AAUAAUGUCGGGGAACCUCUCCAAGGUAGGGCCCUUUGAACCCACUCCUGCAGAGUAAACCCCGGUCCUGUGCACCGCACCCUCAGAAGUUUCCCUAUACGGAACUGGUUAAAUUGCUGGCUUUUCACCAGGAGGUGUGGCCCCAAAGGAUUGUUUGCAACCAUGGCUUUGAAGGGAGUGAUACCCCAAGACCAAGGCCUUCACCACUUAGGCCCUUGGGAUUCUAAUGGAUUUAUACAUUCACAGCGCAAAAGCGUAGAUGCAAAUUUCCUGUUUAUAUCUGAUCCUUUUUGAGAUUUUUUAUGUUGUGGAUUGUGUUAGUUUAUGUGUAUUUGUGUGAAAGUAGAGUAGACUUGAAGAUUUUGUUAUAUGGGUUCCUUGAUAGUCAAACAUAUUUGAUUUAAGCUUGUGUUAGCACAUUUGUUUUCAUUCUUUUUAUAUGGUGUUUAUGUAUUUGAUAUGAGCACAGAUUUGAGAUUUUCUUUACUCAUGGUAUGCAUUCUUCUUCCUGUAGUUCUGUUUUUGGAGCAUCUUUAUUAUUCAAGAUUUUCUUAUAUUUCUUAAAUUUAGCUCACUUUACUUUGUACCGCAUAAGGAGAGGUUGUCAGUGGAAACCGUUCUGUAUCUGAAUGUUCUUAAACAACUGGCUCAUGGGAUUUAGGGGGGUAUCUGUAUUUCUGCCAUUAGAGAAGAAUGAUAAUGCUUCUGGUGAAGGAACAAAUAAAAUCCUGACUGGUCAUGGUUUUAAGGCAAAACAUAGAAGACAAGGUGCUCUGCUUCCUUCCUCUCUAUCUGCCCAAGACUUGAGAUGUUUAGAUAUCGAAAAAGAGAAAGAAGAUGUGUCAUCCCCUAGAGGAGUUUUAGAAGCCUGCAUUAGAGGAUUGGAAUCUGACAUGGAUUCUUCCAAACACAACUGCACUGAAAUGGACACUCGUUCAAAUUCAAGCUGGAGAAGAUUCUUCAAAUUGUGGAAGAACAGAUCAAUCAAGCGCUUAGCCUCCUUCCCUCCUCUUGGGAAAAGCAAAGGCAGGAGCGGUAGAGAAAAUCCAGAAUUCUGUAAUUUAUAUAAUUUCAAGAGUUCAUUAGUGAACUUCAGCCUUGCAGAUUUGCAAGCUGCAACCAACAAUUUUAGUCAUGAAAACUUAAUUGGAAAGGGUGGUUAUGCUAAAGUUUACAAGGGUUGUUUGCAAGAUGGACAGCUGAUAGCAGUGAAGCGGCUGACAAAAGGAACAGCAGAUGAGAAAACAUCAGGCUUUCUAUCUGAGCUUGGCAUUAUAGCCCAUGUAGACCAUCCUAAUACUGCUAAGUUGAUCGGCUGUGGCAUUGAAGGAGGAAUGCACCUUAUUUUUCAAUUAUCUCCUUUAGGGAGUUUAGGAUCUCUUCUUCAUGGUUCAAAGGAUAAUAAACUUGAUUGGAGUAAAAGGUACAAAAUUGCUUUAGGAACAGCAGAUGGCCUGCUGUAUCUUCAUGAGAGUUGUCAGAGGCGAAUCAUUCAUAGAGAUAUCAAAGCUGAUAAUAUUCUUCUUACCGAGGAUUUUGAGCCUCAGAUUUGUGAUUUUGGGCUUGCAAUGUGGCUACCCAAACAAUGGACUCACCACAAUGUAUCAAAGUUUGAAGGCACAUUUGGGUAUUUUGCUCCUGAAUAUUUCAUGCAUGGCACAGUAGAUGAAAAAACUGAUGUUUUUUCUUUUGGGGUACUACUCUUGGAGCUUAUAACUGGGCGUCAAGCCCUGGAUGAUUUGCAGCAAAGCCUCGUGAUUUGGGCAAAGCCCUUGCUUGACAAAGAUGAUUUGAAGGAGCUUGUUGAUCCUUCUAUUGGUGAUAAUUAUGAUACAGAAGAAAUGGAUCGAAUGGUUUUAACUGCCUCUAUGUGCAUUGAGCAGUCUCCUAUCCUACGUCCUCGAAUGAAUCAGGUUGUGAUACUGCUGAGAGGUGAUGAUCGUGUCUCAGAUUGUGCAGUAGAAUCUCCAAGGCCGACAUUCCGGAGAACAUACUCAGAAGAGCUCUUGGACAUACAAGAAUACAACUCAACAAAGUAUCUGAGUGAUCUCAAGCAACACGAGCAGGUUGCUCUGGGUUGUUGAAAGCACCCGACAGAAUAUUUAAGUCUACUAGAAGCACUAGUUCCUACAGAUCUUUUGAAAGCAAGAAAAAGAGAGAGGGUUUGGGGGGAGGGGGGGUAAGUGCCUCUUGAUUUCGUAGUUCAGAGGGGGUGUUUAGAAGUCUCAUGGACAUGAAUUCAUAAGCUUUGUUUCCGUGGCGUUUGAAAGCACUACGGACUUGCAGCCAUUACCAAAAGGGGAACUGGAAACAGAAAGAAUCAAUGAUCAUGAAAUUUGUUUACUAGUCUUUUCUCUACAACCUCAUCAAUGCCAUUUCAGAUAUAAUCAGAACUAACACACCGGGAUGAACUUGCUUCAAAUUCCAUUUAAAACAGUGUACGAUGGCUUUACUUCCAGUGGAAAGCCAAACACCCCUUAGUUCUUCCCGUACUCUGUAUAUACAAAGCUUACAGCACAAAGUUGUUGGAUUUUUUCAUCUGUAAUGUAUGGCACAAACUUUCAAACUUCUAUAGAUUAUAUAGGGAGGAAUGCCUUUGUACCAUACUAUUUAGCUUUAAUUUUGACAUAUUGUUUACUCA